GCUCCGGGCUCCGGAAGGGCGCCCAGGGCGCGCAUUUACCAGCGCGGCUGCGCGACGUUUUUCCGGCGGGACUGCACGGAGGAAGGUCCUGGGGACAGUCCGCUGGCCCGGCGCCUCGCCUUGCGCGCUCGGAGUCACCGAGGAGACGAGUCCGUCGCCCCUGCUGCCCCUCGCUGUCCCAGCCAUGGCCACACGCCUCCUCCGCGGGGCCCUACGCUUGUGGGGCGGCCGCUGUGCGCCGAGCGUGCCGCCGGCCUCGAGAUGUUCUCAUUCCGGAGGGGAGGAACGUUUAGAAACUCCUUCUGCUAAAAAAUUAACAGAUAUAGGAAUUAGAAGAAUCUUCUCUUCAGAACAUGACAUUUUCCGGGAAAGUGUAAGGAAGUUUUUUCAAGAAGAAGUGAUUCCUCAUCACGCAGAAUGGGAGAAAGCUGGAGAAGUGAGUAGGGAGCUUUGGGAAAAAGCUGGAAAACAAGGACUGCUUGGUGUCAAUAUUGCAGAGCGUCAUGGUGGCAUUGGGGGGGACUUGUACUCGUCAGCUGUUGUUUGGGAGGAGCAAGCAUAUUCGAAUUGCACAGGCCCAGGUUUUAGUCUUCAUUCGGAUAUUGUCAUGCCCUAUAUUGCAAACUAUGGCUCAGAAGAACAGAUUAAGCACUUCAUCCCCCAGAUGACUGCAGGGAAAUGUAUUGGUGCCAUAGCAAUGACAGAGCCUGGGGCUGGAAGUGAUUUGCAAGGAGUGAGAACAAAUGCCAAAAAGGAUGGAAGUGACUGGAUUCUCAAUGGAAGCAAGGUAUUCAUCACUAAUGGGUGGCUAAGUGACGUUGUGAUCGUAGUGGCAGUCACAAAUCGUGACGCUCGCUCUCCUGCCCACGGCAUUAGCCUUUUUCUGGUGGAAAAUGGAAUGAAAGGAUUUGUCAAGGGACGAAAGCUACAUAAAAUGGGACUAAAAGCCCAGGAUACUGCAGAAUUAUUCUUUGAAGAUGUACGUUUGCCAGCAAGUGCCCUACUUGGAGAAGAGAAUAAAGGCUUCUAUUACCUCAUGCAAGAGCUUCCACAGGAAAGGCUACUGAUUGCUGAGUUGGCAGUUUCAGCCAGUGAAUUCAUGUUUGAAGAAACCAGGAACUACGUUAAACAAAGAAAAGCUUUUGGGAAAACAGUUGCACACAUACAGACGGUGCAGCAUAAGCUAGCAGAAUUAAAAACACACAUUUGUGUAACCAGAGCUUUUGUGGACAGCUGUCUCCAGCUGCAUGAAACGAAACGUCUGGACUCUGCCACUGCUUCCAUGGCGAAAUAUUGGGCAUCUGAGUUACAGAACAGUGUAGCUUAUGACUGCGUGCAGCUGCAUGGAGGUUGGGGAUACAUGUGGGAGUACCCAAUUGCAAAAGCUUAUGUGGAUGCCCGAGUUCAGCCAAUCUAUGGUGGUACCAAUGAAAUAAUGAAGGAGCUAAUUGCAAGAGAGAUCGUCAGUGACAAGUAGACAUCUGCCCACAUCCUGGAAUCCUAUUACAACUAAUCUGGUUUUAAAUCUACUCAAGAUAAAAUACAACCUGGAAAGGGAGGGAACACUAAACAUGUUUUUAUAUGUUCUCUCUACAGAGAAAGAAAUCAAAUACAAAUACAAGAUUAACACAGUGGGAGGAGAAAUCUUUGAAUCCAAAGAUCCUAAAGUUUUCCAAUAUAAAGUUUGGUAGGAUCCUAAACCUUUCCGAUUAAAAGGUUUAACUUUUAAUUUUUUAUAUAGCUAAAAGGCAAAGGUUUUCUGAUUCUAGAAGCCUUAAUGUUUCAUUUAUCCUUAAAAUUCUAAAAGAGCGUAGUCACUUAGAUCUUUAAAGUUGAGGCAGAAAUAAUUUUGUUAUUAUACUAUAAAAAUGGGAUUAAUAAUAUUUACAGCACAUUGACUUUGAAAAGGAAAAAUAAAUAUAAUUUACAAUGCAAAAUACGUUUAGCUAUCUCUUAUUCCAAAUUCCCCUGAACAGUGGUUUCUACCACCCUAUCCUAAACCUCUGUUUUUAAGUAAUGAAACACUUUCUUCAAGCCAAAGCUUAUGCCGAGUCCUUGUGAAACCCUGUUGCGUGAAGAGCUCCUCUGGUUGAAGCAGGAAGCCUUCCUACGUUAUGGCCUUAGAUUCACUAGGACUCAGCUAAGCAAAUCCCCACUAGAGAAUGCCACUGGCUGCCUCAACCACUGACCCCUGGGCUCUCAACAGAUUUCCAUCCCAGUUUAAUUUCUAGGAGAACACAGAAUAAUCCAUCAUCCUUUAGUUUCAAGAUACUGGUGUAUUUAUAGGUAUCAAAACAGUGACUUUUAUUUUGGAGCAGUGUAAUUUUUUUACUUAGUUUAACAGAUUUAUACUUUGUGUCAUCUAUAAGCCAGGCUGUUAAAAAUAUGAUGAGAAAUAUGAUUUAAAAAAUUGGCAAGAUCCCUGCUAAUAAGUGAAUAAAUAAGUUGUAAUAAAUAAAGUAAGAAGCAAGUAAAUAAACAAAAUAAUUUCAAAUAAUGAUAAAGGCAGUAAAGGAAAUAAAGUAAGCAUUUAAAAUAGGAAAGUGAGGAAACGACAUUCGGUUUGAGACUAUUAUCAAAAAAUAAGCCAUUGAUUUGUAAACUGCUAGCCUCAUUUUAGUACUUGUUUUUCUCUGCAUAUAUUGCUGAGACAGUGAAUAAAGUAGUUUUUAAAUGGAAAUAAA